GCUAGCGAGCUCUGUCUCUCUCUUUUUCGUCUCUCUCUCUCUCUCUAUAUACAUAUAUAUGUAUAUAUAACCACGCACAAACCCAAAAAUUCUUGUAAUUAUUUCUAUAAAAUUAAAUUAGUUUUUGUUUCUGAUGAUGAUGAUGGAUGAGAAUCAUCCUACCAUAUUUCACUACUCUUCAUCUUCAACUCCACAAAAUUCUCAUCAUACCCUAUUCAACAAUACGGUGAUGACUUCUCAAGCACAAAAUUAUGAUAAUUAUGAUGAUCAUGAUGAGAAGCCUAAUAAUAAUGGAAGGUACGUAGGCGGACAGAAUGAGAUGACGACUGCCAUGGAAAAUCCGUGCUCCAACUCCAAUGCAAACCAUUUAGGCAAGAAGAAGGGGGAGAAGAAGUCUUGCAAAAAACCUAGGUACGCCUUUCAGACCAGAAGCCAAGUUGAUAUACUUGAUGAUGGGUACAGAUGGAGGAAAUAUGGUCAAAAGGCAGUGAAGAACAACAAAUUCCCAAGCUAUUACAGGUGCACACACCAAGGUUGCAAUGUUAAAAAGCAGAUUCAGAGGUUAUCUAAGGAUGAAGGGAUUGUAGUGACAACCUACGAAGGGAUGCACUCACAUCCAAUCCAGAAAUCUACCGACAAUUUCGAGCACAUUCUCAGUCAGAUGCAAAUUUACACCUCUUUCUAAGUUAGUUAUCACUAGCUAAUAUUUAAUCCUUAAUUAAUUUAAGGUCCUAUACAUAUAUAUAUAUUAAUUUAUAAGAUGGACAUGCAAGAGUACUAUCAUCACUUACAAUAAAUUGUGCGUACCUCAUAAAUGGAUUCAUUUAGAUAUAUAUAUAUAUAUAUAUAUAUAUAUUGACUCUCUGUAAAAUCAUGUCAUGGUUUAAUUCAUUUUUUUCUUUCAGUUAGUUGUCUA